AUGGAUGACUUAAAGUCAAUUUCCGAGAUCCCGUCUUCAAUUUGGGAAUUUCCUCUUUUGGGGGAGGGUGUAAUUUUGUUUGGUGAUACUUCAGAAGCCAAUAAGAGUUUACGCGAAGUGGAUUAUGCCAGGGUUCAGGCGGAGAUGCAAUCGCAAAUGUCUGCUUUGCAAUCAGAUUUUGAAACCAUAUUAAGGGAUCUAAAGUAUCAGCUGCAAGUGAAAUUGAGUCAAGAGUUGUCGGAUUUCAAAACUGUAGUUUCGGAAUUGGAAUCAAAUUUACGAUAUAAAGACAAUAAAAUUGAUCAAUUGGAAGAUGCUCUGUAUUCUGAAAGGAAGAAAUGUGAUACUGUAUUAGGAAUGCAGCAAUCUAAGUUCGAUAACAGAUUGUUGGAAUUGAAACAUAACCACACGUCUGAUAUGGCAAAAGCGGAUAUGGUAAAUAGAUCUCUUAGGGAAGAAUUAGCCUCCAAACCCCCUGGUUUGGAACAAUAUCAUAGUUUAAGACAAGAUAUGUCAAGUCUCAUGGAAAAGGUGGAUAUCGUACACGGAGGAAACCCUGAGAAGAUAAGGAAUAGGAAAUCUACCUUGAUAGUCUAUCAUGAUCGUUUAAAAGAAUGCAUCGAUCGAGUUUUGCCAAUAUGGUUAAGGCAGAUGCGCCGAGAAUUGACAGAUUUCGAUCAGUUUCAGCAAUCAAGUAAUAAAGAUCGAUCUGUAGCAGCCGAAAAUACGCACGAUGCAAUGAGCAGUGAAGAUGGCAUAUCAAUUGAUAGAGACCAAUCUCCAGACUCUGAUUGGGACAGUUCUUCAGAUUCUGAAAAGUUGCAGGAACAUGACAGCUUUCUGAAAUCGACUCGAUCUGGUAGAGUAAGGCGUAGACCUCGUCAUUUGUUAGGCUAUGUGGUUAAUUGGGAUGGAAGGGGGUAG